AUGGGCAAACCAUCUCAAGAUCAGUUAAAGAAGAUUUACGGAAAGAUUAAAUUUGUUGAUUCCUUCCCUGAUUACAAGGUUCAAGUGGUUGAUUCAUUUCCUGAUCUCAAGGUAAAACUUGUAGACUCUUUCCCCGAUUCUGUUGGUAAAUGGAAGAUUGUGGACUCUUUCCCUGACUAUAAAAUUCAAAUUGUGACUUCAUUCCCUGAUUUCAAGAUUAAAUAUGUGGAUAGCUUCCCAGGAUUGUAA